AAAAGACGCCAUUACUAUUGCUCAAACUCAUUCCAUGGAUGGCCUAGUGUCUGCUGAUUAUUAAAGCCAUAAUAAACUACAAAUUCCACGAUGCUGCAUCUUGAUCUUCAAAACUGGAAAGUACGGAACACUGAAACGAGUUUACUUACUUUCAUUUUCACUUUUUGUGCUGACUAACUGCGGCUGUUUUCCGCGUUGUGCACUAUUAGACAUUUAGGAUAAUCGCGCAUUCUUUCAACUAUUUAGUUGUUGCCUAUUAUUGCAUUGAAACGGGUAUUCUUUGACUAUCAAAUAAAUAUAUUUCCAUCACACAAGAUGACUUCCAUAGACAUUCGCCCGGAGUCCAAGAAGAUGGUAGGUUGUCAAUUUAAAUAGUGUAAUAACAAACAGAAGCCAGGUAACUUAUCAAAUGUAACCUAGAAUAAUUAAUGGCUGUAGCCUACCAAUAUCAUGUGUGUUUAGAUAACUCACCAGCCCUGAUAAUCGUCAAGGCGUUUUGAUAAUUAGACCAACAAAAGAGCCAGGUGAGGUCACAUCAGGUGACCUUACCCCGGCUAUGAUAGUCAGAUAGUCAGGUGUAAAGUAGAGACAGUGGGAGUUGGGUUUGCUGCUGUGACUUGAAUACGGUUUCAUUUACAAAAAUAAAUACAUCGUAUUUCUUUGGUUUCAAUUUCGUAGGUCGAUGACUUCUGCACUCAGCUCGCUAAAGAGGUAACUGCCAUAUUUAUUUUGAUAGUCUAGUAAGCACAUUUUAGAUGGUAAUCAUGACUAUGUCCAUCUUUGGUAACUUAUGUAUUUCAUGUGCGUUAUAGGCAGAGACCUUGGUCACAUCAUUCUUCCCUCAGAAGAUUGCAGAGAUGGAGAUGAUAUUGAAGGUAUGGACAGAUGUGAGGCCAUGAAAAACACAAGCACACCUUUCGAUCUCAGUCCAAAUACAUUGACACAAUGCUAUUGUAAGUAGGCAAAUACGAGCUGUUUGUCAAUGCUUUGUUUAUAAUUCAUACCCUUUGAAAUGGUCCCCAGAAAUCCUUUAGCACUGAUGGCCUGGCAGCUCUGAAGUCACCUCUGGACAUCCCAAUACCAGACCCAGCUAAAGAAGAGGCAAAGAGAAAGAAGAAAGAGGAGGUCCAGACAUUUCACUAAUUCAGCAUUCUAUCAUGAUUAACCCCUUGGAUUACAUUGGAAUCAUUCAAAGUAGUAUCAACCAUGCAUACGGGCACGUGGCUGAAUCUUGCAAAUCCUUUACCCCAUUCCUCUUUUCACUUUUUUUGUCAGAAAGAGGCAAAGGAAGGUAAGAAAGACAAGGACGUCGAGAAAGAAGAUGAAGACGCAGGUAAACAAGACACAAUACCACCGAUGUACCACCACGGUUAGAUGUUAAAUUGCCCCCAAUCCUAAUCUUAAAAACGUCCUCCAGAGAUUUUUUCACUUUUACUGUUGAAAAGCGAUAUCCCCACUUGUGCUAUGUCAAGACAUACACUACCGUUCAAAAGUUUGGGGUCACUUAGAAAUGUCCUUGUUUUCGAAAGAAAAGCAAUUUUUUCGGCCAUUAAAAUAACAUCAAAUUGAUCAGAAAUACAGUGUAGACAUUGUUAAUGUUGUAAAUGGCUAUUAUAGCUGGAAACGGCUGUUUUUUUAUGGAAUAUCUACAUAGGCUUACAGAGGCCCAUUAUCAGCAACCAUCAGUCCUGUGUUCCAAUGGCACGUUGUGUUUGCUAAUCCAAGUUUAUCAUUUUAAAAGGCUAAUUGAUAAUUAGAAAACCAUUUUGCAAUUAUGUUAGCACAGCUGAAAACUGUUGUGCUGAUUAAAGAAUUAAUAAAACUAGCCUUCUUGAGACUAGUUGAGUAUCUGGAGCAUCAGCAAUUGUGGGUUCUACCUUUUAACCAUUAGAGGGGACACACAAAUCAAAUCUUAGAUCAGUGCAUUGGGAUAGCUUCAUCCUACUUUGGAUUUUCUCAUGGUGUUUCUCCCUAGGGCCUUCUUGUGGUCCAAUCCCUUGCAACGAGAGAGUGGAAAGUCUUCUGAAGGAGAUCAAGCCUCAGAUCCAGAUACUGAAGGAGAAACUCAACACCGUCAGUCAGCCCUUUGUCUCUAUUACUCUGUAUUGGCCAAACUGUUAUUUUACAUCUAAGAUUCACUAGCACAUCUCUAUUGCUAAAUAGGUGAGAAGGCAUGUGAAUUGUAAGGUAAGUGUGUAGAGAAAUACAUAAAUACUAUAAUCUCUUGCUCUGGCAGGUGUCAAUGUGGGUGCAACUUCAGAUUCCCAAAAUUGAAGAUGGGAACAACUUUGGGGUAGCUGUUCAGGUCAGUCUUAUGACUUUCUGAGAAUAAUAAGAUAUUAUUGUCAUAUCUGUUAUACAUUGAUAUAUAUUAUAGUCAUACCUCAGUUAUAUUAUGUUUGUUACCUUUAUAGGCCUAUGUUCAUGAAUGUUGUUCCACAGGAAAAAGUGUUUGAAUUGUUGACCAAUACUCGCACAAAGAUCGAGGGAUUCCAGACACAGAUCUCAAAGUAAGAGACUUAGACCAAAAUAUCAAAUCAUUACAAUUAGUUGUGUAAUUACUCUUUACCUACAUACUGUCUAAUUAGUUAUGUAAUCAAUGUGUUAAUGUGACUAACACACACCUUCAUUAUUCGUGAUAUGUUGUCAGGUACUACAGUGAGAGAGGGGAUGCUGUUGACAAGGCCUCAAAAGAGCCACACGUGGUUAGUAUCCCUCUGUGUUUUGUGUGUGUGUGCAUGUACAUGCAUGUGCUCACUUUCGAUGGUGUGUGUGUGUUAACCAUAUUGCGUGUACUUAUACCUCAAGGGAGACUACAGGCAGCUGGUGCAUGAGCUGGACCAGUACCAGUACUGUGAGCUGCGCAUCGUGGUUCUGGAGAUCCGCAACACUUAUGUAAGCCAAGAUGCCUUAUGUAUCAUUCAUUUUUUCCCUUCAUUAGAGAUCAAGUGCUCAGCAUCCCCAUAAUGUUCAACCCUAAGUUGAAUAACCUUUACCAGUGUGAAGAAGUAUUAACCUCAAAGAGACCUCAAGUUGUCAUCGGAAACCAAACCCUGUUAACAAGUGAACAAAUUGAUUGAGUCAAUAAUUUACAAUGCCUCUCCUGCUAUUUGCAUUGUACUUACCUACCCUGACAUCUUCCACUGUUUGAUGCCCUUGUUGUCAUGAAAGGAUGGUGUAAGUGAUGAUGAUGAAAUACUUUCAGUGAUGUAAUUACCCUGCUAUUUCUGUCACCCACUCACCAGGCCGUGCUGUUGGACAUCAUCAACAAGAACUAUGACAAGAUCAAGAAGCCCAGAGGGGACUGUAAAGCCCUCAUCUACUGAUCAACUGACUGUCGUAUGUGCACUGGAGACAGCAAUACACACAUACUCCUACUCAACCAUUCACUGGUUAUGAUACAAAUCGUGUAGUGUAACAUGUUCAUUGAUUGUUGGGUAACUGAAUACUUUAGACAGUUCAUUUAAAAACGUUUUCAUUAUUCAUCAAUGAUAAAAAAUAACCCUGCUGUAUUACACAAUCAUUUUUAUUCAGAUUUCAAAAUAAAGCAGUGAUAACUGACAUAACAUGAAGUGAGUUGUGCUUUUUUGCAUCAAGGUGAGAUUUGAAAGUAUUUUAAUAUUUUGCUUAGGAAACAUGAUGUGAAAAGUUUGAGAUUUUACUCAAUCAUGUUGUAAUGUACAUCAUGUGUACAUCAUGUGGUUCCUGUUAUCAUCCAAUUCAAUCGUCUUGGUGUUAGGAGUUAUCCCAUUGAAUAUAA